AUGACUGACGUUACAAAAAUGGCUCUAAAGAUACUGUAUUCCCUUGAUAACGGAACGACUGCGACGUAUUUAGCACGUUCCAAGAAGCAACAGUGUGUGCGAAUUGCUACAAUACCGAACCCUGACUCUACUUUAGAGAACGACGUCGGCUCAUUUAAGAUUGGAGCAGUGGAAUUGUCAUUCGUAUUACAAGAAAUUUAUUUAAACUCCCCCGAAUUGCUUAAUCACAACAUAUCAAGGAGCGGGCAUGACUAUAAUCUAUAUUACCAGGACAUUUGUGAACUUGAUGAGCCAUUGGUGAGCUUAGGCUUGCUUUCAGAAAUACGGCAGAAAAUGGGCAAGCUAUCAACACAAGAAUCAUAUCCAUAUGAGGACGGUGAAGAGGAGGAACCUUUUAUUGUCACAGGAAGAAUAUGCUCAAGCUUUGCUGCCCUGUUGAAGCCCUCAUAUAAGGCAACAGGAAACAAUACACAGAGAAAACACAACACACCAUCCAAUGAUACUUUGGAAGUAAAAUUAAGAUUUAUCAGAGUUGUCACUAAUAAAAACGCGAGACGACCAAGUGCGAGUAUUUCAAACGUACCGAUGAUUCCUGUACCCACAGCCGUGGUAAAUCAAAUGCAUUUUAAAAGCAGUAACGGUACAAACCCAACACAGAAAAUGGGAAGGCCUGCCAGAAUAAUAACUGGCUCCAAAAGACAAACUAAUCCAACACCAGCACCCAAAGCUGAAAGAACACAGUCAUUACCCAUAUGGAAUCCUAAACAGGGUUCAAAUCAUACAGGCUUACCGACAAAUUCAAUAGCGCACAAAAUAUUUUUAGCAGAUCGCAACACUGAAAAUCUCCAAGCGAAAUCUUCUCAUCAACAAGCUACGACAUAUCAAGUAAGUGCAUUACAGCAGGAUAAUACCGUACAGAAAUUCAGAGUUGAUGAUUCGGUGAGCAAAAGAUUUGAUUUUAUGCUAAACAAAAAGAAAAAGAAUCAAAAUCAGCCGCAACAACAGCGUCAGCAACUAGAAAGCACCAAGAGUAGUUUUUUGAAUACAAAUAAGAAAUAUACAACAGCAGCAAAAGCUCGAAGGUGUAAUACAAUGGCUGCAAUCCCACUUGCUCUGGGAAAUUCUCUACCAAAUUUGAAAACAGAAUCAAAGCAGCAAAGGAGCGGUUCAAUUUCUAGCGGAGUUUACAAAUCAAUUCAAGAACAGGAAUCCGUCUUUCAGCAGAUUCUAUCAAACAGCCCCACCAAACAACAUAACACUCCAGCAUCAGCAGAGGACGAUAAAGAGAAUUUACCACCUUCAAUUGUACCGAAAGAUAAUAUUGAUCUUGAUUUAUUGAAUUUCUCAGAUGUUGGUUUAAAGAGCGAUUUAGACUGGUUCGGAAAUUACGAUCCAUUCAAUUCUCCAUCAAUUAUACCAGAAGUCCCGCUGGAGCAUGCAUUAAAACCAUCUUCUGCGACCCCAAAGGAUCCAAAUACCUGCAAUACGGUAGAUAUUGAAAACGAUGGGGAAGAUGAGGAAGGUGACAAAACCCCUAGGAUAAAUGACAACAACGAUAAAGUCGAUGCAUUGAAUGAUGCUGAUAGAACUUCCCCUAUAGACACAUUAUCCAUGCCACUCAUGGAGCUAAACGACAGGCCUUCAGGUCGAAUGGUGUCAUGCCAAGAACAACUGCAAAGACUUCCAUUACUUGGCAACCAACUGAAAAGCACCUCCUUCAUUUCGCGCCGAGAAGUAUUCAAAGAUGAAUUGCGAGGUCCCAGCGAGGAGGAAAUUGAUAAUGACGAAGAUGCAACAUCCGUGUUGAUGCAGUUUUCUUCCUCAUACCCGGAUAACUCCCCAUCACUUAAGAAAAGUGAUUCACAAAGGAAAAUCACUACUUCUGAAUACUCUUCGCCACUAUUAAAGCGCCAUCGUGAUUGUGACAUCCAAGAAGCAUGUGAAGAUGAGGAAGAACAGAAAGACAAUUUCAAAAAGCAAAGAAUUAUGCCUUCGUCACCAACAAUGUUCAACUAUCCUGAUGACUCUUCGAACCAUGAAGAUGCAAAUGAUUUAUUUUCUUCUUUCAUGCAUGGUCCACAAAAUGAAAAUCAAGAUGUUGACUCAACACCAGAUACUCGAUACGAAAACCAGUCUAGCGACCACAUCAAGAAUAUAUAA